CUUUCGGCUAGUGCACGGAGCUAACUGCCAUGGUGAACUACAAGCAGGAGAUGCCCCCACCUGGAGGCUAUAAACCGAUCGAUGUGCUUAAAAAGGCGGGGAAGAGGCCAACGAAUGGACUUUUGGUGGUUGCAGGUCUUUAUACGUCCACAUAUUUUGGCCUGCAAUACCAAAAGUGGCUGAAAAAUAAGCGUAAAACACAAGAACGCGAGGAGGAAGAGGUCCGAAUCGCCCUUUCACCCUUCGUUUUUGCCGAACAGGAGCGAAUGUAUCUACGACAACUGCGACGAAACCGUGAUUAUGAAGCCAAACUGAUGGAAGAUGUUCCGGGCUGGAAAGUCGGUCACUGGCACGAUGUUCCUCUCUUUCACAAUCCUCGUGGUCUAUGGUGCGAUCCCAACGCGGAUGAGUUCUACGCCCAUACUACCCAAAAGUUCCGCAAUAGGAACCUUGGCGUUGUGCAUGACUAUUUUUGAUCUCAUGUUGAUUUAGCCCGCUUUCCCUCCUAGUCCGUGAACGCCUAGUUGUCUGUUGAUGAAGUAAAUACUCAUCAGUG